AUGGCUUAUGGAAGGUAUGUAACUCUAGUCACGACAGACAUUGCCCUAUAUAUCUGAAAGUUGCGCUUUUUAAAGAAAAUAAAUUGCACUGCAAAAGUGGGAAGUUUUUCGUAGGUUAUAAAGCUAUAUUACAAUUAUACUAGGCAACUAUCAGCAUGGGAAGAGAGAUGUAAUGGCUCCUACAGUGGAGAUCUUCCCAGAUAUAAAAGAUAUGUACAGUAAUGUAGGAUAUUAAACUAUCACGACAAUUGCCAAUAAUUUACAAGGCACUUACUCAGUUGCACGCAAAUUGACUUGGCGACUGGAUAUGAGAUAGACAUUAGCAUUAAAAAAGUAAGGAUAGUGUAUGAAACAACAAGAAAAAUAAGUGAGGUCAGAUUUACAAAAUACUAUCAGUAAUUAGAUUGUGACUUUCAACCUAAUAAAGGAGUAUUUUUCCCCCUCUCGUCAUGCGUUCAUGGGUCUAAAUAGGUAUCACCAUUGGAGAAACCAGUACGAAAAAAGGGGAAUGACUUGCAGUAUUCACUUGCAACAAGGGAUGUCCUACUCGUCUAGAAGAAAAAUGGAAGCUGAACCCUGGUUCGAAGAAUUUGUGACAUCAUUCUCCAAUAGGAUGCCAGAUGUGAAAAGGUGGGAGCUUCCUGCAUGUAUGACAAUCGCACAGGUGUAUGAAAUGUAUUGUGGAUCAACUGACAACCCCUUAAACCAGACACACUUCAGGCACAUGUGGAAAGAGGGUUUUAAGGAU